AUUGAAGGACCGUCAUUAAGCAGUCACUCAGUUCAAACCUCAACGACUGUAAUAACAGCUCAGGCUACAAUAUCUUCUUUAAUAAAAGUCAAGGCAAAUACAUUAAAUAAUACGUCUAAUAGAUACUAA